CCGCGUAUUCAUAUGGAACGAGCUCGGACAAAGGCUAAAAUAAUCCCUUGUUGAAAACGGCCCUGACUAUUCCUCAACGUGUCGCCGUUUGGACCCCUUCCCUCUUGUUCUCUCACUUUCAUUCACUCUCAUUUUUAGACCGCAAACGUACGCCCCUCCGCCUAGGGACCAACCUAUCGACGUGUAUGCACAAAACGUAGCUAAACAGGUCAAGAGGAAUCGACCCGACACGGCUCGUUCGUAUCUGAACGAUCCCAUGAGCACCGACGCCGACGCCAGUUUUCAGCCGCGUCAUCUGGGUCGAUACCAUGACGACAUGCAGCAAGGCGGCCUAGCCGAUCAUCAGCAACACCCACAACCACACACGUCAUACCUUCCUCUGUCACGCUUCUCGUCCUCGCAGACCCCUCACGAUUCCGGCGGUUACCCACAUUCAAUGCCUCCUCCUCCUGCACAAUACCCCAAUUAUCCCGCCAUUCCAGGCCCGUCUCGUGUAGGUGCUGGUUCGUCCAGCUCUGCGCAUUACAACCCGUCGUCCUCGUCCUCUUCGAGUCGAGCACCCGUACAGCAGCAGCAGUCAAGUCAGAUGCGGUUCGACGUAGAGACAGGACACGACUCGACCUUUAACGACGCUUCCGAAUCGACUUCACGCAUACCCGACAAAACUUCACGAUCGUCUCGCUCUCAUGAUACAGGGCCACAUAGCCAUGCCACUCUCACUAGAUCUUCCGGCGAGCCGCACGUCGACAUAUUCCGGACCGAGACAGACUCCUUUGGUAAUGCCGGAUUGACGACGUUUCGUUCGGGAAUGGACGUUCGUUAUAUGGAGUACUGGGGCGUCACGUCAUAUCUGGGGAUUCAAGACCUCGUAUCACGAAUGCUCGAGACCAAGAGAUCCCACGCUUCUGACCCACAGGAUGAUCGUCCCUUUUCCGGCGGUCCUGGCGAAACGCCUAUACUACACUCGAACAACGUAUGGCGAUGGGGUGUCGACCGUUACAUUACCCACGACCACAUCGAAUCCGUCUUGCCAGGCAAUCAGCUCGACCCCAUAUUCCUUCCCGCAGAACUAGCUUAUAGAUUCUUCAACGCCUACAAGACGGUCAUUCAUCCUCUCUUUCCUGUUCUUCGUAUCGAUGCGGUUCGCGAAUCAAUUUACGGAGCCUACACGCUCGGUGUGGCAGAACUCAAACCACGGCAGCUAGACAACCUCGCCUACAAGAGCGAUCGCCUGGAGAGAGCUCGAGAUCUCAUGGUACUCGCGUUCGGAGCUCAGAUUGAGGGAGGGGACGGGGAUGCACAAUGUCACAAGGAUGUGGCUCGAGCAUGGAGCGAGGUGUUGGUGCAAAAGGCCAAGGAGAUCAUGUUGGAACACGGUCAAGGAAAGGGCGGGGUCGAUCUCGUUAACCUCUGGGUCGUCAUGGCGGCUUUCGGUCGGAGCUACGGUAAUAGCGACGAGGAGCUCGCUUCCAUCGGCCAAGCGAGCCGACUGGCUACCAGCAUCGGAUUGACACGAGAAGGGGUUUACAAGCUGCCCGUGGCGGAGGAGCACGGUUUCCGCCUGACAAUAUGCGUGUGCUAUCACAUGGAAAAGUGGGCUAGUCUAUGCCACGGUAUUCCUAGCAACAUGGUCCGGUCACCCGAAUUCAACUCGAUCAUCUCCGGUUUGACCGAUAAUCGAUACUACCUCAUUCCACUCGUCGGGCUGGCAGACCUGAUGUCUCAGGUUCAGGCCAUGUUUGACGAGUUUACGUCUUCGACCUCUGUACAAGUGGGGAUCUCUAGAGCCAUCAACCUGCACCAAAGUCUCGUUCAGUUCCGAGCACGGAUGCCCGAGGAUUUCGACCACUUUGAGAAUGCGCCCCAGCAACGAACCCGCAUCGAUCUCGACACCCCAGAGGGAGCACGGAUGGUGGUCAGGUUCACCAUGUGCGGCAUCUAUCUACAACUCAAGAUGCUCGUCUUGAUGCCUAUCCUAGAGGCGAGCGUGUGGGCGACUAUCAGGCAGCAGUCUUUGGCUUAUUCGGAUGAAAUGCGAGUGCUCGCCAACGAGUGUGUCGCCGCGGCAUUGGCGAUGCUUCACGCCUUUGAACGUUAUUACAUUGCCAUCCCACAUUUGACCGAGCUGAGCCUCUCGGCCAUUCUCUUGCUCUAUGCAAUUUCGAUCAUCUACAUGGACAUCCUGAGGCUGCCACAGGAAGAGGCGAUCGCGACCUAUUCGAGCGUGGUGCGCACCAUGUCCAACAUUCUCGAUCAUUACGAUCACCCCGCCGCACAUGUCGCUCAGGCCAUGUGUAAUGACAUCUUGGCGAACCAGCUGCAACGCCCAGCCUAUAAUUCGUUCCCGUCUCGUGCAUAGUGGAUUGGAACAAAUGAAAGGUCACGAGGAGCUGUCUACUUUGUAAUAACGUUUCUCACUGCAUAUGCGCCCGGAUAAAAUAGAACUUGUGUUGGUCCAGG